AAGAAGAAACGUCGUCGUCCCUGAAAUCACCAGACGUCAGUACUCACUUACGCUGAUGAAAGUAGUUCUAGUAGAGAUAAUGCGCUGUAUGUUCGAGCGUACGUUUAAACAGAAUGCAUACAUUUCUGGUUAGUCUUAUUGUGAUCUUGAUUAAAAAUAUUCACACACAAGGUAUUAUCGGAAACCCUUGCACCCUUAACUCAUCUAACUCGUCAGGACUGUGCCAACCAUUAACACAAUGUAGAGAGAUUCGAGACGAAGUGGUAUUUGGUCAAAAACUGCCCCAAACUUGUGGCUUCCAAGAAACACAAGCCGUAGUCUGUUGCCCAAAACCUCGUCGACCAGGCUACAUCAGCCAAAGAAAAUGUAGAGAAUAUGCUUCGUACACAAAAGAGAAACAAUUAUGUGGACACAACAUUGCCAAGCGCAUGGCUGAAGGAAGACCGGUCGGCAGAAACGAGUUUCCGCAUAUGGCCCUGUUGGGAUUACGAACCUGGGAGCCUAGCACUCUUCGCUGGUUAUGUGGAGGGUCGCUUAUCAGCGAAGGGUAUAUUUUGACAGCAGCACAUUGUUUGAUUACCAAGACAUUUGAUGAACCAAACUUGGUGUUUAUCGGGGUCACAAAUCUUAAUGACAUCGACGACAGGCAGGAAUUCAAAAUUGCAAAUAAUAUAGUACAUCCAGAAUAUAGUCCUAGCUCUAACUACCACGACAUAGGACUAAUACAACUGUGGACACCAAUAAAAUUCAAUUCGUUUGUGCGUCCGGCGUGUCUUAACCCAAACUUUCACAUUCCUGUCGCCAAAGUUGUUGCUACUGAAUGGAAUCGUACAGAAAAUACAGAAAACAGCAGUGAAGAUUUGCUCAAAGUAACGCUAGAUAUUGCAGACUAUGAGCUCUGUAAUAACAGCUAUCCAGCCACAAGCAGACUAAAAAAUGGCAUUAUAAAUGACAUGCAUCUUUGCACAAGAAGCGGUAACGCACAAAAUAGUACUUGUCAGGGAGAAGGUGGUGGUCCACUACAAAUCUAUAGCAAGAACAACCCUACACGGUGUGUGUAUGAUAUAGUGGGAGUAGCUUCGUUUGGAAAAGGAUGUGGUGGUGGUCCCGCUGUAAACACUCGAGUGUCGCACUAUAUUAAGUGGAUUGAAGAUAUAGUUUGGCCAGACAAUAAUCAAUAAACUCGGUUAUUUUAAUUGUACUACAUUCCUCGC